CCUUCCACCUGUUUCUCCAACCCUGUUAUGUGGAAGCUGAGGUUCCUUGCUCUGAAAACUCUCCUUACGUUUAGUUGAUUUUCUGUACUGAAUUGCGAAUAAAACCGGUUUUCUUUUGUGUGUUUUUGGAGAAUCAAAAUGGGUCUCUCGAGUUUUCCCACUGCAGCCGAGGGGGUUCUGCCGGUGCUGGUCAUGAACACGGUUUUAUCCGUGGCUUUGCUUAAGAACAUGCUCAGAUCUUUGCUUCAAGUCGUCGGUGCAACUGGGAAUUCCAAUUUAGAGGAGGACGAAGAUGGGUGUCCGCAGGAGAAUGCCAGAGAACGGAGGAUCUCAAUUACCCGAUUCAAGUCUCUGUGUGGCGAUGAUAAUGGUGGCAGUGGUGAUGGUGGUGGUAUCGUCGUCGGUGGCGGCGGCGGAGGUAGCGGCAGCGGUGAGUGGAUGGAGUGUUGUGUGUGUUUGUGUAGGUUUGAGGCUGAGGAGGAGGUGAGCGAGUUGUCUUGCAAGCAUUUCUUCCACAAAAAUUGCUUGGAAAAGUGGUUUGAUGGCAAGAACAGUAGUUGUCCUCUCUGUCGAUCUAUUCACUAGAUAGAAGGGGUUGCAAUUUACAGGAGUUAAUGUUUGCUCCUCUAAGUCUUUUAACUUCUGUAUUUCCCUUUUUUUGUCCCUUUGUUUUUUGAGCAAAAUAUUAGAGGUUUGUUUGCUUUUGUGUGUUUACAGUACUCAAAACUCAAAAACACAUGUACAAGGCACACAGAAAUAAGAAUAAAGAGAAUGAAGGGAU